UAUAGUCCUGUAUCGUGGGGAGGGGGAGCGAGAAAAGACUAAUUUCUGCCACUUCUGCGUGCAGUUGCAGCGUCCUGCCAGCAGGUGGAGAAAAUGAGCAGGUGCGUCUUUAGAAGAUUUAUAAAUGAGGCUUGUAUCAGAUUUUCUGUGUUGCCCAGACUGACAGACGAGCCCCAGACAGACCGCCUCAAUAGGCAGGACUCUGUUAAAGGAAAAAAAAAGGGUGGGUCGAUAGAUAGCACGGUGCAAACUGCGCACGGAUUGUUUUCACGCUCCACAAUCACAUCAGGACUGCGCAACGCAAAUGAAUGGAGGCUGGAGGCAGCUAGGAAAGUUUGAGAAGUGGUGGGGUGGAAAUAGUUUAGAGAGGACCACUGCUCUGGGUUGGAGAUGGAUGGGCCAGGUACCUUUGAGACAACUCUGGAAAAUUGAUACAUGAUCGCUUUUUGGAGUCGGAGGCUUUUUUUUCCUCUGUUUUUUUUAACGAGUAACAGAUGCUUUAAGGAAAGUCCAUUCACAGAUCCGGAGAGAGAGAGCGCGCGCGCACGGGAGGAGUGGAGCUGUGUUUAGGAAACAGAUCACUAACUCUGGGAUGUGAUCGACUGGAUUUAUUGGGAACUCAGGAAGACUCUUCAGACUAGUGGGUUAUUUGAAGCAGUGGAUGUUGUAGCAGAGCUUCACUUCAGCCAUGGGGAAUUUGGAAAGUGUGGACGGACAGAGUGAGAUGAAGCAUCACAUCAUGCCACUGAAGGUGCCAAUGCCGGAGCCUGCUGAGCUCGAGGAGCGCUUUGCGCUUGUUCUGAGCUCGAUGAACCUUCCUCCGGACAAAGCACGCCUCCUCCGCCAGUACGACAACGAGAAGAAGUGGGACCUCAUCUGUGACCAGGAGCGCUUCCAAGUGAAGAACCCCCCACACACGUACAUUCAGAAACUGAGGGGCUUUUUAGAUCCAGGAGUCACACGCAAGAAAUUCCGCAGGCGGGUUCAGGAAUCCACGAAAGUUCUGAGGGAACUGGAGAUAUCGCUGAGGACCAAUCACAUCGGGUGGGUGCGCGAGUUCCUAAAUGAUGAGAACAGGGGACUGGACAUUCUGGUGGAAUACCUCUCCUUUGCCCAGUGCGCUGUCACGUUGGAUUUUGAUGGUCUGGAGAAUGGGGAGGACGGCUCACUGGACAAAUCCAACUCCUGGAGCAGGUCCAUUGAGGAUCUGCACCAGAACGGUUUCAGUACACUGGUGCGCUCAGUGCGCCACUCGGUCCCUCGGUAUAGUUCCACAGCAAACAGCAAAACCAUCAAAAACUCCAGGAUAGUGAGUCAGAAGGAUGACGUGCACGUGUGCAUCAUGUGUCUCCGAGCAAUCAUGAACUAUCAGUACGGUUUCAACAUGGUCAUGUCCCACGCGCAUGCGGUUAAUGAAAUCGCCCUGAGCAUGAACAAUAAGAACUCACGGACAAAAGCAUUGGUCCUGGAGCUUCUGGCUGCUGUGUGUCUGGUGCGAGGGGGCCAUGAGAUCAUCCUCUCAGCGUUUGAUAACUUCAAAGAGGUGUGCAAGGAAAAGCACCGGUUUGAAAAGCUGAUGGAGUACUUCCGCUGCGAAGAUGGAAACAUUGAUUUCAUGGUGGCCUGCAUGCAGUUCAUCAACAUUGUGGUCCAUUCUGUAGAGGACAUGAACUUCCGUGUGCAUCUGCAGUAUGAAUUCACUAAACUGGGUCUGGAUGAUUUCCUUGAGAAAUCCAAGCACACAGAGAGCGAUAAGCUGUCGGUGCAGAUCCAGGCCUACUUGGACAACGUGUUCGACGUGGGAGGACUUCUGGAGGACGCAGAGACUAAGAAUGUGGCUCUGGAGAAAGUGGAGGAAUUGGAGGACCAUCUGUCUCAUGUGACCGAGAAGCUUCUGGAAGUAGAGAAUGAGACGGUGAUGAAAGUCGCUGAUCUGGAGAAGCAACUCCUACAGAAAGACAAGGAUCUUGCAGCCAUUCGGGAGACGUAUGAAUCGACGAGCUCUCAGGUGCGCACACUUCGACGUGUUAUACAAGAGAAGGACGCCGCCUUCCAGAGACACACUAACAUUGAAAAGCGGCUGCUGGAGCUUGAGCAGCAGGGAACUAUCCGCCUAAGGAAACAGCCUGACGGAGACAUUGCAAUCGAAGCCCUGGGUGGAGGAGGAGGAGGAGGAAGAGCAGGAGGGCCUAUAGACAUUAUGACUGGAGCUCCUCUUGGGGAUCUGAGCUCAGGCAGCAGCAUCUUUGGUGUCAGUUUGCCCGCUGUUACUGUGGAAACGCCUGCACCACCUCCUCCGCCACCUCCACCUCCACCACCUCCACCUCUCCCCCCAGCAGCAGAGUGUCUACCUCCUCCACCCCCACCUUUGGCUCCUCCACUUCCUGGAGCUUCACCUUCAGUCAUCCUCAGUGUUGGUUUAUCAGCCAUCCGAAUCAAGAAGCCCAUAAAGACCAAGUUCCGUCUUCCUAUAUUUAACUGGACCGCUCUGAAGCCCAACCAGAUCAAUGGCACUGUCUUCAACGAGAUUGAUGAUGAGCGAGUGCUUGAGGAGCUGGACCUGGAGAAGUUUGAGGAGCUCUUUAAGACUAAAGCACAGGGUGCUGUGGUUGAUCUGUCCUGUACAAAGAGCAAAACCUCCAGUAAGGUCAUGAACAAAGUUCAGCUGCUCGAUGCUAAUCGCUCCAAGAACCUGGCCAUCACACUUCGCAAGGCCAACAAGAGCACGGAGGAGAUCUGCAGAGCCAUCCAAACGUUUGAUCUCAAGGCCCUGCCGGUGGACUUUGUGGAAUGUCUGAUGCGUUUCCUGCCCACGGAGGCAGAGAGUAAGCUGCUGCGUCAGUACGAGAAGGAACGGCGGCCUCUGGAGCAGCUGGCUGAGGAAGACCGCUUCAUGCUCCUCUUCAGCAAGAUUGAGCGCCUGACACAGAGGAUGAGCAUCAUCACUUUCGUGGGGAACUUCAAUGACAACAUUGGCAUGCUUACCCCGCAACUCAAUGCCAUCAUUGCUGCUUCGGCCUCUGUGAAGUCUUCUCCAAAGCUGAAAAGAAUGCUUGAGAUUAUCCUGGCCUUGGGUAACUACAUGAACAGUAGUAAAAGAGGCUCGGUCUAUGGUUUCAAGCUCCAAAGUUUGGAUCUGCUGCUGGACACAAAGUCUACCGACCGCAAGAUGACGUUACUUCACUACAUCGCUCUGAUAGUGAGGGAGAAAUACCCAGAGCUCGCUAACUUCUACAACGAGUUGCACUUUGUGGACAAAGCCGCAGCAGUGUCCUUGGAGAAUGUGCUGCUGGAUGUGAAGGAGCUGGGAAAAGGAAUGGAGCUGAUCAGAAGAGAGUGCAGUCUGCAUGAUCACGCCGUCCUCAAGGGUUUCCUGCAGGCCAGCGACCCGCAACUGGACAAGCUGCAGAAAGACGCCAAGACCGCUGAGGAGGCUUUCAACACUGUGGUCAUGUACUUUGGUGAGAGUCCCAAGACAACUCCUCCGUCUGUGUUCUUCCCCGUGUUCGUGCGCUUCAUCAAAGCCUACAAAGAUGCGGUUGAGGAAAACGAACAGAGGAAGAAACAGGAGGAAGCUAUGAGGGAGAAACUGCUUGCUCAGGAGGCCAAACAGCAUGACCCAAAGGUGCAAGCUCAGAAGAAGAGGCAGCAGCAGCAUGAGCUCAUCGCCGAGCUGAGACGGCGACAGGCCAAAGACCACCGUCCGGUCUACGAGGGCAAAGACGGAACCAUCGAGGACAUCAUCACAGUGCUGAAGAGUGUGCCGUUUACAGCGCGCACGGCCAAGCGGGGCUCGCGCUUCUUCUGUGACACCAACCUGUACGACGAGUCCAACUGCUAGCCCCUCCCUAAGUUCCCUCUCAAAACCUGUCCCUAAUUCAGAAGAUCUCCGAAGCCAGCCGUUCCUGCGAGCUGACGCGGUGAUCCGAAACGGGUGGAAGCGACCCUAAAGACCCUCCCUGACCCCUCUCCACCCUGCGCUUAUCUCCCUGCACCUCACAGUGACGGAGUGUAGGACAGGACCAAAGCAAACGUCGUCGGUUUUAUAAGCGGGUGGGCGAGUCCUUUAUUUAUUUAUGGAAAUCCUUUUUGGAUCGGAGGAGUCUCUUGUUUCUCUCCCUGUCUCUCAGCAAAGCUACAAAAGCACAGACGUUUAAAAAAAAAAAAAAAAAAAAAAGUUCCCACCCUUUCCUUUACUCACACACGUAUCCAAACACACACACACACACACACACAACGCAGCAGUGUGUGGCCUUGUUGGGGGGGAAAAGGAAAAGACAUUUCCUGGAGAGUGGUGUGUGAGAGGACACAUCCAUACACACUGCCAGCACAACAUGGGCAACUUUACGUGUGCAAUCUAUAGACAAAGACUCUUGCUGAUGGAGAGAAACGACCGACACCAUCUACACCUGUAUCCUUACUUCUCCAUGGAGAAUUACAACAGCACGAUUAUUAACACCACUUGGGUUAAGCUCGACAGACCAAAAGAUCUUAUUCCAUUUUGUUAAAGAAGUGCCUUUUUUUUUUUUU